CUGCAUUUGCAGCAGAACUGGGAAGAUGUUAGCAUUAGUAUCAGGGUGAUCUGCUCUGGUUGGCAUCUGGAAGAGUGGGAGCAGCAACGGUGGUGCAUGUAGCACCAGAGUCCAGGAAGAAGGCUCUGAGGAAAUCCAAGAGGUACAGUGGAGAGGAGGUCUACGCAAGAAGGGGGCAGGGAGAAGAGAGUCUACCGCAUUCACUCUGCCUUGAAGUGUGCUGCAACCACGUCCAGUAUACACAAGAAGAUGAUGUCCUGCAAAACAAAUGAGGAACUUGCACUUGCUGGCAGACUUUUUUAACUGGAAUAAACACCUUUUGGGAGACAGAUCUUCUACUUCUGAACUGCCUUCACCAUUGCCACAUUGUUUUAUCUAAUGUGCUACAAGGAUGAGCCCAGCAUUUGGAGCUAUGGAAGUGGAGCACUAUGCCAAGGGAGUCCUGCUCGAGCCUUUUGUCCACCAGGUUGGGGGUCACUCCUGUGUCCUCCGGUUUAAUGACAAGACCAUCUGUAAACCCCUCAUCCAGAGGGAACACCAAUUCUAUGAGACUCUCCCAACAGAAAUGCGUAAAUUCACUCCACAGUAUGAAGGCGUGGUGUCGGUGAGCUUUGAAGAGGAUGAAGAUGGAAAUCUGUGUCUAAUAGCCUAUCCAUUAAAUGGGGACCAUGAUAACUUGGAAAGCAUAGAUAAUUCUGACUGUGAACCCAAAAAUAAGUUGUUACGGUGGUCUAACAAAAAGACUGUAUUAUUAGAAAAUGACAAGAUAACUAAGGAAUGGGUCCGACAGCACAGGAAAGAGGAAAAAAUGAAAAGUCACAAAUUAGAGGAAGAAUUUGAUUGGCUGAAGAAAUCUGAAGUCUUGUAUUACAGUGUAGAGAAAAAGGGGAAUGUCAGUUCACAGUUUAAGCAUCAUAACCCUUGGAGUAUGAAAUGUCACCAGCAGCAGUUACGGCGGAUGAAGGAAAAUGCAAAACAUCGGAACCAAUAUAAAUUUAUCUUGCUGGAAAAUCUAACCUCCCGAUACGAAGUGCCAUGUGUGUUGGACCUUAAAAUGGGAACCCGGCAGCAUGGAGAUGAUGCAUCAGAAGAGAAGAAAGCUAACCAGAUCCGGAAGUGUCAGCAGAGUACUUCAGCAGUUAUUGGGGUCCGAGUGUGUGGCAUGCAGGUCUACCAGACGGGCACUGGCCAGUUAAUGUUCAUGAAUAAAUACCAUGGGCGAAAGCUUUCAGUCCAAGGAUUUAAAGAAGCACUUUACCAGUUCUUUCAUAAUGGCAAAUACCUGCGCAGGGAACUCUUUGAACCAGUUAUAAAGAAAUUGACUGAACUCAAAUCUGUCUUAGAAAAACAGGAGUCUUACCGUUUCUAUUCCAGCUCCUUGCUGAUCAUUUAUGAUGGCAAGGAGUUGCAGGAAGUGACUGUGGACUCAGACCCAGAGGACUUAGAGGAUCUCUCAGAGGAGUCUUCGGAUGAAUCAGCUGGAGCAUAUGCGUACAAGCCCACUGCUAGUACUGUUGAUGUCCGUAUGAUAGACUUUGCCCACACGACCUGCAAGUACUAUGGGGAAGAUAGUGUGGUGCAUGAAGGCCAAGACACAGGUUAUGUUUUUGGACUUCAGAACUUAAUAGGUAUUAUUAAAGAAAUAAGAGACGAAAGCAGCGAAUAAACAGUUUGAAUGCACAUCAGUAGAAAGCACUAUAGUGACUCUUUGUAUUCCAAAAUUAUUGGCCACUUUCUAGUGGUAGGAAUCUUUACAGACUCUGUUGGGUUGGUCCCAACAGAGUCAGACUUGUUCAGCGGAGGGCAUUUACUUACAAUGGUGCUGGACCUAGCACUGGCAAAUCUUGGUAUCCUUAUUUAUUUUAACUCUUUCUUAAACAUUCCAUAUUUGAUUAUUCAAAUACCUCUGUUAUCCCGGUGUGUAUAUGUUCCAAUAAAAUUCUUUUUGUUCAUUGUAAA